AUGGCACACACCUCACCAAUGGCGCUCGACCGGCGAGUGUCGCCAUCACCGCCGCCGCAACCCUUGUCCAAGCGAGACAAACGCCGUAACAACAUCACCGACAAGCUCUCGGACAUGAUCCAGACCUUCACCCAAGACCAGCACCAGCACUACCGCGCCCAGCUGCAGGCUAUCCAGGUCGAUAUGACCAUGAUCUUGAGAGCAAACCCCUACGAGAACAGUCCGCUCGACGACUCGGCCGAAGACAUCGAGCGAGAGAUUGAAAACGUCACCGGCGGCAGCUUGCCAAACACGGACGCUGCUGUCAAAGACUACCUCGCUCUGGCCGGCAAANGGUACCACGAAUACGUUCAGCAGAUCAAUCAUGCUCUGGAACAGCGCGACGCCGAUCUGACAGCUCUGCAAAACCGUUACGACGCGGCUGUCGCCGAACUAGAAAAGAGCUCGGGUUACAAGGUGCAGGUUGCACAACGCGAACACCUCGAACUGGCAUCGACAGUGCGCAGCCGUCUGAUCAACAGCGUCACCAAGAAGCGCGACAAGCUGUUGCGUGAAAAAGAGCAACUCGACAUUGCAGACAACUCUGCCCUGUUCUUCCACCCUAGCCAAUUCACCGUCAACAUUCCUCAAAGCCCAGGCGGCCUCCAGAGUAACCGCAAGACUCGUCACACCCGCCAUCGUGUUGGAGAAGCCGACGUAGAAGGGCAGAGAAAACGCAAGGCCCCGGCCGAUGAAGAAGCCACCGACUCACCUGCCCCGUCCUUCCGUCCUCUGCAAAACGACAGCAAUGGAGCCGCCUCGCCCUUCCACGAAGCCCGCACAAAGACGCUCUACACACAAUACGAAGCACCAGCCUUCUCCAUCGACCGUCUAUUUACUGAGAAAGAGCUGAACCACGCAACUGUUGUCGCUCAACUUGCAACGCAUCACUUCUUCCACCAGCCUCAAGCCAGUCAGCAGAACCCUGACAAUCCUCCCUCGCUCGCAUCUGUCGACGGUGCCGCCGAUGCCGUCGUUGGUCCUCCUGCCAUUACCACUGAGAUGGACGACAUUGUCGCAAAUCAAGCCAAUGCUUCACCACCGCCUACCCAAGCCCCAGAGAUGGAGCGUAAUAUUUCACAUCAUGCCACACGUGGUGCCACCAGAGCCAACCCUCUGGCUGCACUGUCAGAAGCCGCUGCUCUCACCUCUACCACCACAAAUCCCUUCGUGCCAGUACUGAUUCCCAUCACAAAGACUGACAAGNGGGCGCCUACCCCACCGGGUGUGAGCGCUGGUGAAGUCGACAGCGAUAUUGCACUCAUGCUUAGAGAGGAUGAAGCCCCGCCGACAUCGAACCCUGAACAAGAUGAGAACCUGAGCAACCUUCAACAGAUACGUGAACGCCUGCUCGAACAAGCCUGCCAGACCACACAAGGAGUUGCACCUUUCCGUCUGCCAGUUCUCGAAACUGGCCCUGCAGCAAUCAGUGGUGGUGUAAACAGAAUACCUCCAUAUGGUUUCGCAGACCCUGAUUCUCUACGCUUUGCCCUUCGAAACGGUGCUGGUGUGGGCACGGCUGCUGCUGCUGUUGCACCAUCAGCACCCGUAGUCAACGGUAACGCUCUUACUGCUGCUCCAGCCAGUGUAAUCGGUGCCGCCAUACCAAUGAGCAGAACGACGAGUUAUGCUGGCAGUGAAGCGGGUGCUGCUAGCGAAGCAGGCGGCGUGGGUAUGCGAAGAGUUAGGAGCAGAUUCGGUUGA